AUGGCGUCUCUGCUGCAGGAGGAGCUGUUCGAGAGGCGCGGGCAGGCGCCGGCCCCCAGCAAGGACUUCUGCCAGCUGCUCGUCACCCGCCGCCAGGUCAUUUUCAGGUGGUGGAGAAUCUCUCUUAGGAAUGAAUGUCGUGAAGCAAGACCUGGAGAAAUUAAAGAAUCCCACGAGGAUUUUUUGGAUAAUUCAUCUCUUCAAAUUCAAAUUGCUAUAAUAUUUGGUGCCAAAGUUCUGGAACAUGUUCUCAAUCUGUGCCGAGGUAAAUUUGACUUCCUGGAACGGCUUCCUGUCCCAUUGCUCCUGUACAUCAUUUCCUUUCUGGAGCUCGAAGAUAUUGCCAGACUUUCUCAAGUUUCACACAGAUUAAAAAUGAUAUGUAACAGUAACGCACUAUGGGAAGGUAUUGUGGAGAACUUGUGUGAUACAAUUACACCUGAAAUGAGAGAACUGGCACAAGAAAUGGGCUGGAAACAACUCUUCUUCACAAACAGACUUCAGCUGCAGCUGCAGCUCCGAAGGAGGCGAGAGAAACGUGCUGAAGAGGAAAAACUAACUGAAUAA